UAUGGUUAGCCUUUUACGACAUUAUAACGGGAAAACUUUUAAGACCACUUUACGAUAGCACAUGUGCAAUGGUACAACUGAAAUCAGUAGAAAAUAUGUUUUGGGCACUUGUUUUAGAAGAGGGAAAGCGCUACAGUCAGAUUGUAGAGCAAUCUUUCCAUAUAAGCAUGGCAGCUCUAGAACUUCCAACAGAUGCAGAAACAUUGAAAGGUAAACAUCAUCAGUCAGUAUCGGUGAUGGUGGCAAGCCAGAAGUCAGAGUUUUUGAUUUGUUCUUUAAACUACAAACAUCAGACACAACAACCUCUAGAUCUCAACUUCAAUGAGGGGGAGGAAGUAACAUUUUUCAUUAACGGGCCAGGGAAUAUACAUUUGACGGGCUACCAACUUGAAGAUAAUGAUAUGGAUGCAAUGGAAGAUUUUGAUAUGGAAGAGGAGGAUUCUGACGAAGAAGUACCAGAACUGGUCACUCCUGGUAAACGAAAGAAGAGUUCUCAAGCUCUGGUUCCAAACAAGAAAACUAAAUGGCUUACACCAGGGGGCAGUGAGUUUUCUGAAGAUGAUGAUGAAGAUAGUGAUGAAGACAGUGAUGAUGAUGAAGACUUGAAUACAACAGAUCUGCUGGACAAUAUGGCUGCUGAGAGUGAUGAUGAAGAUGAUGAUGAUUUUGACAUAGAAGAUGAUGAGGAUGAUGAUGAUGACGAUGAUGACGACGACGACUUUGGAGAAGAAGAUUUUGAUGAUUUAGAAGAAGAAGACGAAAGUGAUGAGGAUAUGGAAGUUGAGAAGACACCAAAACAAAAGCCACAGAAGACAAAAGAGACUCCAAAGCAGCAGAUGAAAAAGGAGAAGCAGACCCCAAAACCAGAGCAGUCUAAAACACCUAAACAAGAUGCUGUGAAAACACCAAAACAAGAGAAAAAUAAAACCCCAAAACAAGAUAAAAAUCAGGAUCAGGGCAAGAAGGUCACAGCUACUCCAGUUGCCACACCAGGUCCUGGAGGAGAUGCCGAGACACAGUCAGCUAAGAAGAAGAAAAAAAAGAAGAAGAAGAACAAGAACGUAGAGAAUGGGGACGCAGACCAGCAACAAGGUGGAAAAACACCACAACCAAACACCCCUAAGCCAGGACAACAAAACACCCCUAAACCAGGACAACAAAACACUCCUAAACCAGGACAGAAUCAGCAGACACCUGGUCAGAAACAACAAAACAAACAAGAUCAACAGGGCAAAACCCCACAACAAAGUAAAACCCCACAGCAGAGUAAAACUCCUCAACCAAAUAAGACCCCGAAGAAACAAGUGCUUGCUGGAGGAAUUAUUGCCGAGGAUAUACAGAUAGGGGAUGGUGCUCCAGCUAAGAAAGGAAGAAUGGCACAUGUGUACUAUGUUGGUAAACUACAGAAGGACGGUCGACAAUUUGAUUCCUGUACAUCUGGUAAACCAUUUAAAUUUAAACUUGGACUUGGUGAAGUUAUACAGGGCUGGGAUAAAGGUGUUGAAGGUAUGAAGAUGGGAGGAAAGAGAAGAUUGACGAUACCUCCACAACAAGGGUAUGGAAACCAGAGGUCAGGACCAAUACCACCUAAUAGCACCCUAGUGUUUGAAGUAGAACUGAAAAAUGUUAGCUGAGAGAAAAAAAACAUAAGGCAAAGUAAAAGUCAAUUAAGACAAUGUGACCAAGUAUAAAUACCAGGUGAUAACAUGUCAGGUUGAUCUAUUGGAAUUAUCUGUCAAAGGCAGCAUGAUGGUGAAAGAUUCAGGAUUGCAUUUGUAUUAUUUUAUCUUAUUGCAUAUUUUAAAGAAGAGCUCAGAUUUUAAAUCGUUGGUAAUGUUUUAUUAAUUUUGUCAUUUAUUUAUCCUUUAUGAACUGAUUUUAUGAUGUAAUUCAAUCACUUUGAAAAUUCAGACAUUGAAAUUAAUCCACAAGGCUCUAUGAGAAAACACUAAUUGUAAGUUAUAUUGUUAAACAUAGAGUGAUGCAAAUAAUUCAAGUUUCCAUGUAUGGCAACAGAAAAAUAUUAUCCUUAAAAGUUUGUUUUUAUAUCAUUAAUAGAAAUAUUUGUCUGAAAAGAGGUUAAAGCUAAAAUCCUAAAAUGUAAUAGUAAAAACAUCAUAUUAAGGUAUCUUAAUUGAAAGAAAAAUGUUUAUUUUUUCAAUAAAAGCUAUUCACCCAUGCCUGAAGUUGUAAGUAAAUCUACUAAAGAAAAAGUUGAAUAUUUUGUUAGGAAAUGUUCUUAACAUAGAGAAUUCUGUUCCUUUGUUUGUGUACUAAAAUUUUAUUGUAUUCAUUUUAGUAAAUCACCAUUUGUGCAACAUUGAAGACUUAAUACUUAUAUAGGAUGAAUGUAUUUUCCUGAUUGGAAUGUAAGAAAUAGUAUAAAUAUAUUUUCUGUCAUCACAUUGUUAACGUUAUGGAAAUAUCAUUUUUAGUGUUUUAAGGUGUUUCCUUUAUACACAAAAGUGGGCAUUAUUUAUAAAUGUAUGUUUGGUUCUUUUUUCUUUUCACAUUUUCAUAAAGUGGUGUUAUUUUUAGAGUAAAGAUAUAAAAAUUCAGUUUUAGAAAUGUCCUAAAAUAUUUUUUAAUACACAAAGUUGCCAACUUGUAAAUACUUUAGUACCAUGAAAUGGUAUUCUUGUAUAUGACAGUAUGUCAGGUAUAGCAUUGCCACUGGUUAACUAUUGAUAGAUUAAAAACCAUAUUAUCUACCAAGCAAGUGUAUAGUACUAGUGUGGCAACACAACUAUAUUUCUAAUGUCUGUACAUUGAGUGAGCAAA